AUGGUAUACGAAGACAAGCAUCUAGUCUCCUGCCAUUGUUUCUUCUUGCUCGCAGCCAAAUUCUGCUGGAUACUCCCAAUGAUGCAAGGAACUCAUGGCCAGGAAUAUGCCCACUCCAUUCGACUCGAUGGAGAUGUCAUCUUGGGAGGACUCUUCCCUGUCCAUGCCAAAGGGGAUAGAGGGGUCCCUUGUGGAGAACUUAAAAAGGAGAAAGGGAUCCACCGGCUUGAGGCAAUGCUAUAUGCAAUUGACCAGAUCAAUAAGGACCCUGAUCUUCUUGCCAAUGUCACUUUGGGUGUCCGGAUCUUAGACACUUGUUCCAGGGACACUUACGCUUUGGAGCAGUCAUUAACAUUUGUACAAGCUCUGAUCGAGAAAGAUGGAUCUGAUGUGAAAUGUGCUAAUGGAGACCCACCUAUUUUCACAAAGCCAGAUAAGAUAACAGGGGUAAUAGGAGCCGCUGCAAGUUCAGUGUCCAUCAUGGUGGCGAACAUUUUAAGACUUUUUAAGAUACCUCAAAUCAGCUAUGCAUCUACAGCUCCAGAGUUAAGUGACAACACCAGGUAUGACUUCUUUUCUCGUGUGGUGCCACCUGACUCCUAUCAAGCCCAAGCCAUGGUUGAUAUUGUGACAGCCCUGGAAUGGAACUAUGUGUCAACACUAGCAUCAGAAGGGAACUAUGGGGAAAGUGGUGUGGAAGCAUUCACACAGAUCUCGAGGGAAACUGGUGGCGUUUGCAUUGCUCAGUCCUUAAAAAUCCCCCGUGAACCAAGACCAGGAGAAUUUGACAAGCUCAUUCGGCGCUUGAUGGACACUCCUAAUGCUCGUGCUGUGAUCAUGUUUGCAAAUGAGGAUGAUAUCAGGAGAAUAUUAGAAGCAGCCAAGAAAAUCAAUCAAACUGGGCAUUUUCUUUGGAUAGGGUCAGACAGUUGGGGGUCUAAAAUCUCACCUGUUUAUCAGCAAGAAGAGAUUGCAGAAGGAGCUGUCACCAUUUUGCCCAAAAGAGCUUCCAUUGAUGGUUUUGAUCGAUAUUUUAGAAGCCGAACUCUUGCAAAUAAUAGACGGAAUGUGUGGUUUGCAGAAUUCUGGGAAGAAAAUUUUGGAUGCAAGUUGGGUUCUCAUGGAAAAAGAAACAGCAAUAUAAAGAAAUGCACAG